AUGCAGUUGCCAUGGCAGGGGAGCCAGGGCGCAAACCAUGGGCCUCUGCUCCCUACGUCCGCCAGUAACAGUGUCCCGACCAUCUCUGGCUUCGCCCAAGACUCGGACGGCGACAGGCCACCGUCACGGCCUCGACAUGUCAGGACGACAUCGGCGCACGCGCGGAGCGUUGCCGACGAGUUCUCGUACAUGACCCCGAGCGAGGCGGCCGCCCAGCUGCGAACCUCUCUAACCCAGGGGCUCACGCCCACCGAAGCCCUCACGCGACUCGGCGAGUACGGCCCGAACGAGAUACCCCACGAGGACCCGGAGCCGUUAUGGCUGCGAUUCGUCAAGCAGUUUCAAGAGCCACUCAUUGUGCUGCUGCUCGUCUCCGCGGGGACGUCUCUGCUGCUGGGCAACAUGGACGAUGCUGUCAGCAUCACAGUGGCCGUCACCAUUGUUGUCACUGUGGGCUUUGUCCAAGAAUACCGAUCGGAGCAGUCGAUCGAGGCCCUCAACCACCUCGUCCCGAACCACGCCCAUCUGGUGCGCGGGGGGCCAGCAAAGCCGCAGGGCACACCCAAGGCGUCUUCUUGGCCACCUGCCGCAUUGGAUGGCGCAGACGGGUCAUUGAGCCCGGGUCUCAAGACUCCUGCUGAAGACGUUCUCGAUGCGACAUCAGCCAAGGUCAUGGCCGGCCAGUUAGUCCCAGGCGAUCUAGUGCUUUUUACCACCGGCGAUCGCAUCCCCGCCGACAUACGAGUCACCAAGGCGGCGGACCUCACCAUCGAUGAAUCCAACUUGACUGGAGAGACCGACCCCGUUCGAGUAACCACCGAAGCGCGAUCGCGCAGAAUCAAUGCUCUCGGUAUCAGCCAUGUCCAGCUCCCUCGGCCGUCGACUCUAGCGCCAGGCGAUGGCCAAGGCGACCACGCGAACAACAGCACACAUAACAUCGCGUACAUGGGAACGCUGGUCAAAUCUGGCUACGGACAGGGCAUUGUGUUUGCCACAGGAGGCAGCACGCAUUUUGGCACUAUCGCGACGAGCGUGACGGGUACCGAGAGUCCGCGGUCACCUUUACAGCUGUCCAUGGACGAUCUCGGGUCUCAGCUCAGCAAGGCCUCUUUUGCCGUCAUUGCCCUGAUCUCACUUGUGGGCUGGCUGCAAGGCAAGGGUCUGCUCGAAAUUUUCACCAUCUCCAUCUCUUUGGCCGUCGCCGCCAUCCCAGAAGGCUUGCCCAUCAUCGUUACUGUUACGUUGGCCCUCGGAGUGCACCGAAUGGCUAGACACAAUGCCAUUGUUCGCCGCAUGCCCAAGGUCGAGACAUUGGGAUCGGUGAAUGUGGUGUGCACGGACAAGACGGGAACGCUGACGACAAAUCAUAUGACAACCUCCGAGAUGUGGUGCUUUGGAGCAGGAGGUGCGUUUGACGUCGUGUCAGACGCCGAAUCUCUCGAGAACAAGGUCAGCCAGGCGUCGAUGCGGAUCCUUCGCAUCGGCAACAUUGCCAACAAUGCACGACUUGCUCAAAAGUAUACGGACAACGGAGCGGCAGCCACAGCUGUCUUGUCCUCGACCAUCGGUCGCGAGGAUGCCGCACCGUACACCAGGUGGGUCGGGCAGCCGACGGACGUGGCCAUGCUAGACUUGCUUGAUAAGUUCAACGAGCACGAUGCGCGCGAAUCUGUCGGCCCUCGCGUCACCGAGAUCCCAUUCAGCUCCGAACGCAAGUGGAUGGGCGUCACGAUUGGGUCCGACGCCAAGGGCGAUAAGGAGUACGCGUACAUGAAAGGUUCCAUCGAAAAGGUGCUUGCGGCCUGCGACACCUAUCUUGAACGCGACGGACGCGAGAUUGUGCUCGACUCUUCCCGGCGUCAGGAGGCCCUGGCUGCAGCAGAAACCAUGGCGGCCAAGGGCCUCAGGGUACUGGCUUUCGCCAGUGGACCCGUUAACAGGUUGGCAAAGGGACGUUCGACGCCUGGGGCACACCGCAGUGGCACACCCGGGCAGGAAGGCUCGGGCUCUCCGUUGCCAGGAUCGGACGAUGCGUAUAGGGAUCUCACCUUUGCCGGCCUGGUUGGCAUGAGUGAUCCACCGAGACCUGGCGUCGCGCGGUCCAUCAGGCGACUGAUGAGAGGCGGCGUCAAGGUCAUCAUGAUCACUGGUGACGCGGAGACGACGGCUCUGGCAAUUGGUAAGCAGCUGGGCAUGACGAUUGCUGCGCCUAGCCAUCAUGGAACGAGCCAGUCGACGGUGAAGUCCGUUUUGAGGGGCGACGAGGUAGACCAGAUGUCUGAGCAAGACCUGGCGCAGGCACUGCAGCACACGACCAUCUUUGCGCGAACGAACCCCGACCAUAAACUGAAAAUUAUUAGAGCGCUGCAGUCUCGAGGCGACAUCGUGGCCAUGACGGGGGAUGGCGUCAACGACGCACCGGCGUUGAAGAAGGCCGACAUUGGCAUCUCGAUGGGCCGCCACGGGACUGACGUUGCCAAAGAAGCGGCGGACAUGAUUCUCACAGACGACGACUUCUCGACCAUUCUGCACGCCAUAGAGGAGGGCAAGGGCAUCUUCAACAACAUUCAGAACUUCUUGACGUUUCAGCUCAGCACCAGCGCCGCGGGCCUGUCGCUCGUUUUUCUCUGCACCUGCUUUGGCUUCAGGACGCCCCUGAACGCCAUGCAGAUUCUUUGGAUUAACAUAAUCAUGGACGGUCCUCCAGCACAGUCGCUCGGCGUCGAAAAGGUUGACCCGGACGUCAUGAACCGGCCGCCGCGAAACCGAGGCGACCCCGUUCUCACUAGGGCGGUGCUCAUGCGCGUGCUGACGUCGGCAUCCAUUAUCAUGAUCGGCACGAUGCUGAUAUAUAGCCGGGAAAUGCUGGCCGACGGGCAGGUGACGCGGCGAGACACGACCAUGACGUUUACGUGCUUCGUCUUCUUCGACAUGUUCAACGCGCUCAGCUGCCGGUCAGAGUCUAAGUCCAUCUUCCGCGGCGAGAUGGGGCUGUUUGCGAACAACCUGUUCAACUGGGCCGUGUCCCUCAGCCUGGUGUGCCAGCUGCUCGUUAUAUACAUGCCGUGGCUGCAGGAGGUGUUCCAGACUGAGGCACUCGGCUUUGGCGACUUGGUUCGACUGGUUGCGCUUUGCAGCACAGUGUUUUGGGCGGACGAGCUGCGGAAAUACCUUAAAUACGGCAAGAGGCGUUUGGGCAGCGGAUACAGCCAAGCGGUAUAA